CGCUAUCGCAUGUACGGUGACUCGUCGGCUGAAAUGCGCGGGUAUGUUCCGAUGAUUAGCCGCCCGCAUGAUUGGCCCGCGCGAAGUUUAUUAGUCCGGUUUAGUAGUUUAAUCUAGCUAUUAUGUGAAGUUCUGCGACGAGAGGUGAAAUCAGUGAAAUGUCUUCGGGCAUUCGCGUCGAGCUGUCUAGAGUCAGAGGACUGCUCGAAGACAUUGAAUGCCUGGUUUGCGACGACCAAUCGAGCUCCGAAUGUCCCACGGAGUCCCAGCUCAAGCUCGUCGCCGAAAUGCUCGGUAAGCUCCGAGACGAACUGACGGCGACGAAGAAGAAUUUGGAGCCUUCGUGUGACGGCGUUGGUGACAGUGACGGUUGGGGUAGCGACGAUGGCUUUGACAACAGCGUCGUCGCGAUGUGCGACAUAGCCGAAGGUGUCGAUCAGAGUGUUGCAGCCGAUCCGUCGGGCUCUGUCCGCAACGAAGGCGCCUAUCAGGAAGACCAUGCAGAGAACUACGAAAUCGAAACUGACGACGAAUUCGACAGCUUCUGCGAGAACAACGCGCCGGCGGGCCCCACGUUUCAAAUCACCACCGAAGAGUCGCUCAAAAACGAGCCGCCACCGUCGGAGGAGCACCUUCGGGUACUGAGGACCAAGUUUGGUCACAGCGCCUUCAGGCCAAUGCAGUGGAAGAUAGUGCGCUCCAUCUUGGAGGAUAAGAGGGACAACUGCGUCGUCAUGGCGACCGGUUACGGCAAGAGUCUGUGUUACCAAUACCCGCCCGUGUACACGGGCAAAACGGCAGUCGUGGUGUCCCCCCUGAUCUCCCUGAUGGAAGACCAAGUCCGUGGUCUGGCCGCUGCAAACAUUCCGGCUUGCUUCUUGGGCUCGGCGCAAAGCCGGCAGGGUCAAGUCGUGAACGACCUCCUGGCCGGGGAGUACAGGGUCCUGUACAUCACUCCAGAGUUCGCAGAGUCCAACCUCAACCUGCCGAAAAUUCUGGAUGAACGUGUUGGCAUCACUCUAUUCGCGAUUGACGAAGCCCAUUGCGUGUCCCAGUGGGGUCACGACUUCCGGCAUUCGUACCGGAAACUGGGCGCGUUGAGACAGAGCUUCCCACACGUUCCGUUCCUGGCGCUCACGGCCACUGCAACCCCUAACGUUCGAGAGGACAUUGUAUGUGCCCUUUCACUCAAAGAUGUUGUCCUGACCUGCACGAGCUUUGACAGGCCCAACCUGUACUUGGACGUUAAGAGAAAAGGCGUCAUGAUCGACGAUUUGAAAAACGUCAUUCCAAAAGAUGGCAGCCCGACGAUCGUCUACUGCUCCACAAGGGGAACCACCGAAGAAGUCAACAAAUUGCUGCAUAACUUGGGCAUCAAGUGCGCCCUCUACCACGCUGGCCUGUCGCUGGAAGAAAGGAAGAGAUCCCACACGAUGUUCCUGGAAGACAAAGUUCAGGUUGUCGUGGCAACAGUGGCGUUUGGCAUGGGUAUUGACAAGCCGGAUGUGCGGAGGAUUGUCCACUAUGGCGCCCCCAGGGACAUAGAGUCCUACUACCAGGAGAUCGGUCGGGCUGGCCGUGACGGCUUGCCGAGCAUGUGUAUAGUCUUCUUCAGUAACGCAGACCUGCUCACCAACAAACACUUCCUGAAAGACAUUUCAAAUCCCUUGUUCCUUCAACACAAGACGGACAUGCUGAACAAGAUGCAGCACUACCUGAGCAGCACUCGCUGCCGGCGUAAAUUGUUGCUGGCCCACUUUGCCGGCGCCGAGGCGGACACCGUUGGGGGUGUGCCGCAUUGCUGCGACAACUGUACGCGCCGACUUAACCAGGACAAGACGAAGGAUGCCAAACAGGUCCAGACAAACAAGGACGGCAAGACAAAUUAUACUAAGGAAGCCCGUCUUCUGUUUGACGUUGUUAUGGGGACGAAACAGAGGUACGGGAUAACUGUACCCAUAGCCGUUUUACGAGGUUCGGGAUCACAGAAGGUGCCAGAUUAUCUGAAAAAGAGCAUCUAUUUCGGUACCGGGAAGCACAAGACAGAGGCAUUCUGGAAAGCCUUCGCGAGGCUUCUGCAGUCUGAAGGAUACCUGCUGGAAAAAGCGAUUCAUAACUCCGGCAUGCCCAAAGGUGCAGCUGCACGAUUCAUUUCCUCCAUCGUUCUGACGGAAAAGGCAAAGGAGUGGAUCCGCGGCAGCGAGGAGCUCCUGCUUGAACCAACGACCGAACUGGCCGACAUGGAAGCUCCUCGACCCCAAGUAUUGCUAAAGACGGUGGCGCCUAGGCUGCCAGUGACCGGCUUUGCCGACAUUAUAGGAAGCCGGCAGAAGGCAAAGACGGAAGACGAAGAUUCCUUCCUGGCACUGACCAGAAACGAGGAGCCAUCAGAAGACGAAAAGCUUCGCUCCGAGCUCUACGCCCAACUGGUGGAGCUCCGCAACCGGAUGGCAUCAGAGUGCGGCUACGCCCCAUACAUGGUUUUCAACAACCGCAUCCUUCUGACGAUUGCGCAGACUUGUCCGACAUCUCUGGAGCGACUGGGGAAGGUGGAAGGCGUCUCCGAGGCCAAACUGAACAAAUUUGGCGGGCGGAUGGUUGAGUUGGUCUCCCAGUUCUGCAAGGACCGCGGUCUUCAGCCGUCUGAUCACCAGGACUCUGUGUCAACGGACGCCUCUUCAUGUCAGAACGAUUCGUUGAACUACUUGAUCCAGGAGCUGAGUGACACGCAGCGUGUGACCUACCUCUGCUAUCGAAAAAGCCAGAAUGUCGCAGACAUAGCAAGUAGCCGUGGCCUCGCUGUUUCGACUGUUAUUGGGCACCUCACCGAAGCCAUUAAGGUCGGACUACCAGUUGAACUGGAGAGCCUCGGAGUGACAGCGGACAUCUUGGAAGCUGUCACUAAUGCUGUGAUCGCUCUGAGUGGCGACAUCGGCCGGCUCACUCCGAUCAAGGACCUCUGUCCGGAACACGUCGAGUUCGGCCACAUCAAAGCGGUCUUGGCUUACUUGCAAGCCAAGUAUGGCAUCGAAAACUCUAGACUGAACCUUCCAAAAACCAUGACUAUGUCGGCGACCGGCAGUCUGAAGACUACAACCGAGCGGCCAAAGCCAGCUGAAGAAAAACAAGUUGUAUUAGAAGACGCUGCGCCACGGACAAGAAGCGAGAAGCGGGGUGUCUCUACAGAGCAGCUGAUGACCGUCAGCAAGAAGAUGAAGAACAGCUCAUUGUUCAGGAAGUGAAAGGUGUUGUUUGUUGUUGCAUUUUUCGGCGACGCAGUACGUCACCACUGCAGCCCGCUAUCGCUCUGCGCAGACUCUGUGAUACUCGACCUUCCGUUUCUGCGUUUUCUCCCGUGCCAAGUGACCCCUGUUUGUAUAAGGUCCCAAACACGCAGACUCCCAGGGCAGUGAAUUCGCACUCUAAUAUAAUGCUAGAAUACUCAUAGCAAACUUGCUUUUUGGGUUCUGAACUUCACUACGACGCAUGUUUCAAUGUCAUGUUGAUGCUGACACGUAGCAAGUGCCUGUGCAGACCUCCAGUGGUGAUCUUCAGCAAUUUGCUUAAAUUAUUCCAGUUACCACUUCACGAUUAGCGUGCAUUAUGAAAAUGCGUGUAAUAUUUUGCAACAUAUUCUACAACUGCCUUCUCGUUUUAUGUCUGCCAAAAGAAAUACGAUUGGCAUACUGAGUGAGUUUUCUGUCCUGUCGCUAUAAUUUUCGAGCACAGCUGAUACCACGCCCAUACUUUACUUUCCAUUCGAGUACAAGUUGCCAACGUACAAUUUUAUAAAUGCAGUAUUUGAGUAAUACUUCGUUUUGACAAAUUGCAUUUAUUUUGUUUAUUACAUUAUUUCUUUUGUACUGUAUAAGUAGUGCAGAGUUGUACAUGUUUUUAUAAACGCAAUGUUCAAGUAAAGUAAAUAUCUUUCAUUGUUUA